AUGAUGAUGAUGAUGAUGAUGAUGAUGAUGAUGAUGAUGAUGAUGAUGAUGAUGAUGAUGAUGAUGAUGAUGAUGAUGAUGAUGAUGAUGAUGAUGAUGAUGAUGAUGAUGAUGAUGAUGAUGAUGAUGAUGAUGAUGAUGAUGAUGAUGAUGAUGAUGAUGAUGAUGAUGAUGAUGAUGAUGAUGAUGAUGAUGAUGAUGAUGAUGAUGAUGAUGAUGAUGAUGAUGAUGAUGAUGAUGAUGAUGAUGAUGAUGAUGAUGAUGAUGAUGAUGAUGAUGAUGAUGAUGAUGAUGAUGAUGAUGAUGAUGAUGAUGAUGAUGAUGAUGAUGAUGAUGAUGAUGAUGAUGAUGAUGAUGAUGAUGAUGAUGAUGAUGAUGAUGAUGAUGAUGAUGAUGAUGAUGAUGAUGAUGAUGAUGAUGAUGAUGAUGAUGAUGAUGAUGAUGAAAUAA